AUGUCGGAUGUCCUGCAACCUGGCGAGCUCAAAAAGGCGGGAGAGAUCCCAGCUGCUCCAGGAUACGCGGACUUUGGCCAAGCACUGAAGCUGCUCCGCGUUGUUCGGGGAGAUGAGGUCAGUGCGUACUCCGAACCUUCGGUCCGGCGUUUCCUGCGUGAGACGAAAGAAGAGCUCGAUGCAGCAGACCACUACAACUUGAAGGCGCGCGAGUUUGACUUCGCAGCCCAAGCAGCGGAGGAUGAUGAAGCAGGUUUCUACUUCAUAUCCUAUGCAUGGGAGCCGCCCUCAAGGGUUGAUGCACGGAGAGGCGUUGCUCCAGGAGAGGAUCCUUACUUCCCUUCGUCAGAGCAACAGCAGGGGCGUCCAGAAGUGUUCACUGAUGCUCGGGAAUGGUACGCGCAAGCUCAGGCGAAAUCACUGUACUUGGAGUGCCGGGGUCAGCGAGAAGUUCAUCCGCGGGAUUGUCUUUUUUGGAUUGAGCGAGCAUGCCUGCCUCAAAGCGGGCCCAUCUUUGAGAUGGCCAGGAGUCAGUCGUUCUUCCUCUUGGAGUUCAUACUUCUCUCAAAAGCCAUGAUCGCGGUCGCUUCGCCCCACUUCUUCUCAAGGGGCUGGUGCUUGUUCGAGUUCGCAACAAAGCUGGCGACGGCGCCAGACUCGAAUCCUGCUGCCCUUGGCAUAGCAUGGAAAGCCUUCGUAUCUUUUGGCAGCAGGAAGGAUGGGUUUCCUGCCUCCCUGUAUGCAGACGUCAUCCGGCACAUUUCGAUUGAGAUGGCGGAAUUCUCGGUUGCCAAUGACAGGGACUUUCUCCUAUGCCAUGUAGACAGACUCUUUGUGUCACGCUCAGCUUUCGAUCGGUUUGCCAAGUUUGUGGCUUUGGCGCGGUUGGGAAGAUCGUGCUACACUCGAGAGGAUCGCAAGCCUUUCAUCAUUGUGGCACAUGAUGAGGGCUUCGGUCAGCUGGGGCAAUUGCUUGACGUGGACUCGACGUUCGAUGCCCGCAAGAGCCCGGACGCGCUGCAAACUUUUGACGAUGCCUUGCGGCCGAUGUUGGCUGAGGAAAGGGCUCAAGCUGUCCGCCUGCAGGUAGUUGAGGACUUGCAAGCAUUGGCUGCUCAGUCGCGCUCAAAGUUGCGAUCCCGCUGA